AUGGAUGGAGGUGAUAAGAAGAAGAUAUUCUAUGGCAGUAUACAAGCUAACAAGAUAACAACAAACAAUAGUACAACAAAGAGAGAUCAACCUGAACAACCUCAACCAACAUUCCUACCAUUCUCAAAGCUUGCACAGGAAUCACAACAGAGACAACAAUCACAACAUGAUGAAUAUGAGAGGAAGAAGAAGGCAAAGCAGAUAGUGGUGCCGACUAAUGAUGGUUCGGUUAGAUUGAAGUUACGUGAAUUAGGCGAACCGAUUACAUUGUUUGGUGAGAAGCCAGAGGAUAGACGCGCAAGACUCAGACAGCUAUGUAUCGAUAGGAAUAUAAUAGAUGCCACGCCAGAGGCUGAGAAACAGAGACAGGAGCAGCAACAGGAUGAAGCAGAUCAGCAAGAGGCGUUCUUGACAGAGGGCACCGACGAGCUGAAGAAUGCACGCGAGGCAAUCGCCAUCUACUCGAUGGGUCGCGCCAAGCUGCGAUUGUCCGCGCUGAAACAGCAACACGAACAGGACGACAUCAUUGUGAAGGCAAACAGCGAGCAGCUCAACCCUGACCUGCUGCAAAAGACACCGAGCGAGCAGUUGCUGGAGCAAGUGGAGACCGAUCUGCGAAGCUUCGUUCUGGCGAUCAGUGAGAUUGGAGACGAUCGACAGCUGUCGUCCGUGGCAUUCUCGCCCGAUGCCAAGCUUGUUGCGACGGCCUCGUGGAGCGGACUGGCCAAGCUAUGGGAUGCUGACACAGCACAGGUUCAACAAACAUUCACCGGACACUCAGAGCGCGUUGUAGGACUGGCCUACUACCCGCUGUCCGAUCAAUCGGCCACCGGUGUGACGCUGGCCACGGCCUCUGCGGACGGCACUGCCGCACUCUGGAGUUCUCAGUCUCCCUCGCCCAUCGCCAAGCUGGAGGGUCACGCAGGCUCGGUGAACCGUGUGGCCUUUCACCCAAUGGGCCGCCACCUAUUGUCAACCGGCAUCGACAGAUCAUGGCGACUAUGGGACAUCGAGUCCAAUCAAUGUCUGCUGGAUCAAGAGGGCCACAGCGAGCCUGUGAUGGGCAUUGCCGUGCAGUGUGACGGAGCACUCGUAGCCACAGGCGCACAGGAUGCACUGGUACGCGUCUGGGACCUGAGGAGCGGGCGACCUAUUCACUACUUCCGCGGACAUGCCAAGCAGGUCAUCUCAGUGGACUGGUCGCCCAACGGCUACCAGCUGGCCAGUGGCUCAGAGGACAAUACAGUGAUCGUUUGGGAUCUGAGGAAGAAGGAACAGACCUAUCAGAUACUGGCACAUUCAUCAAUCGUCUCGUGCGUCCGAUAUGAUAAGAGUCGCGCGGGAUUCCUGGCCACAUGCUCAUUCGACAACACAGUGCGACUUUGGUCGCCCAAUCAAUGGAAGCCGAUCACAGUGUUUGAAGGACAUUCUUCCAAGGUGACCAGCGUCGAUAUAUCAAAUGAUCACAGUAAGAUAGUGUCUACAUCAUUCGACAAGACAUGGAAGAUAUGGUCUAAAUAA